AGAAUAGAAGGGAGACCAGACACCCUCAUCUUUCCUGUUUUUCCCCUUCUCACUCCCUCUCUUCCGUUCGCGCGAGUGUGCAUGCAAAUAAUGGAUCGCAAGCAAUGGCCAUGUGCUGAGUGCGGGCGGCGAUUUAGCAAGAAAGGAGAUCGAGACCGUCAUCGGCGCACACACCUCAACCAGGAAGAGCGUCCUGUCUAUCCAUGUCCACAUUGCAAGAAACGUUUCUUGAGAAAGGACAACCAACAAAAACACUCUCGUCUAUGUCUCCUCCGCGCACCAGCACCGUUAUAUGCGACACCGCACAAUCAAGGAUUUCCUCUCGAGGUUGCCGUGCAUGGUAUCCAUCACACUGGGAUUCGGACAGUUCAUGCUGAUGAUCCAUUCGAAGAUAAACGAUGCGAGAACGUCCAGCUAUCGACGAUGACAAAUACGUCAACGAGUUCUGUCGGAUGUCGUGAUUGCCAUGGACAAAAUAAAGAGCAGAACAGCGAUGAAUCGUCAUCUGCCAAAAGACGACUCACCUCUCCUGAACCAUCCACGAGUUUUGCAGAGCAAAUCAACGACAAAAAGUUCGUAUAUCUUGACGAAAUUCCUCCUGAUGAAACGAACCGAGCGGAAUAUUGUCCUCAUUGCAACCGUGGUCCAUUCCGUUAUCACUUCAACCUGAAUCAACACAUCCGUGAUGUUCACCUUCCACCUAGACUGCACCCAGCAAACCAGGUUGGCGGAGGUUCAGAUGUUCAACAACGCAUCGGACGUUUCACCCUUGAGGAAACA